AUGCCCAAUACUAUCGAGAUAAACGAGCAUUGCCUAUCAAUUACACGGAACCUAAGCAAUGCACUCCAAUAUCUCUUCGAAAGAAAUGAACGCCGACUCUGGAUCGAUGCCAUAUGCAUCAAUCAGCAGAACGACGUGGAGCGUGGCGAACAAGUCGGGCUCAUGGGACGCAUAUACUCGUGGGCAAAGAAGGUGGUAGUGUGGCUAGGCCACCAUGCAGACAGCAGCGAGUUAGCCAUGGACUUUCUUAGUCUAUUGGCGAGCGGUCCGGGCGAUACUGACCGCCUGGAAUGGCUUCUGAAUCUUUGCGAGCCGGAGUACUCGCAUCACUGGAAGGCGGUCUAUACUCUGCUCCACCGCAAUUGGUGGAAAAGGGCUUGGGUUAUACAGGAGGCUGUCCUUGCG